GAGCUGGUACAGGCCUUUCCAGGAGCGAAGGUGAUCCUCACCGACCUUGACGAGGACCAGUGGUGGCUGUCCACCUCAAAGGCGAAGGAGGCCCUGGCACGAGAUGUGCCAGGGGUGCCCCUCAACAACAGCCCUGUAAAGCACUGGCUCCAGCGCAUCUUCGCACCCUCCUAUGGAAAGUUCUGUGCAUUUCUUCGCUUUUACUGGGCAGCCAAGUUGGGCUACAGUGAGGGGCAUGUGAGCGAGCACGUGGCGCGACGGAGGUUUCGAGAGCAUACCUCCUACGUCAAGGCUCGCAUGGCAUCAGCCUACAGCGCCAAGCAACUACUAGUGUACAACGUCGUAGACGGCUGGAUGCCACUCUGCAGCUUCCUGGAACAGAAAGAGCCCGCAGACGGAUUUCCGGAGGUGCGCUACAAGAAUCGUGACAAGAACCAGCCAGAAUGGUUUGGCCGCGUCACCGGCAUGACCCUCCUGUUCCAUCCGAAUGGGGUCAUGAUCUCACUCCUCCGACGUGAGCUCCUGUCGAAUGCAGUGAUUGGCUUUUCUUUUGCGACGCUGCUGCUGUUCGUGCUCUUCCUGCUGGAGGGCCCAACGCCAGCAGGCCUUGUCUACCUGGCGGUGCUGGGGACGAUCUGGACUGCGUAUGUGGUCAUGUACGAGACCAUGUACAAAAUCCCCUUCCUCUUCGUACUGUCCACAACACUGAAGUGCCUUCUGAUUGCUGGAUCCCUGCAAACAAGCAGCGUGGUCUACGGCGUUCUCAAGGAGCAGGUGGCAUCUAGGGAUAAAAUCCCUUCAGCGCUCGUGCUCCUGACGAAUCGGCUGACAGCUACAGCCUGCUGUUGUCUAUACCUGCUCGCAACCACCAAGCGUGUAUCACUCGGCGCGAGUCCUAUGGCCUUCUCCUCCUUUGCGGUGACAAACGAGAUUUCCUCCUGGGCAGGAUAUGAGGUUAUGCGAUACUUCUCCUACCGAGUGCAGGUGAUGUCAAAAUCCGCGAAGAUGCUUCCGACCAUGAUGGUUGGCCGGGUUUGGCUUGGGAAGAGGUAUUCACCUCCGGAGUACCUGCGAGCUGUACUGGCGCUUUGCUGCGUCUUUGCCAUGCAUUGCGCAGACGAGUGGGACCAGGCUCGGAGCCAGUCAAAGAAAGCGCAGGACUGGGCAAUGGGGGCCGGGAUGCUCGGGAUCUUCUUCAUUGCUGAUAGCUAUACGUCAACGAUCCAAGAGGGUCUCUACCAGGAGAAGGGACUCACCGAGGUGCAGAUGAUGCUUGGCGGGAACCUUUUGGGACUUUCCGUAUCCAUGGUACGGAUUGUGUCCUCUUUCUCCAAGAUUUCUGCCUCCAUUGAUGCCAUGUCCUCGAACGGCGCAGGCAUGUUCUGGCGACUGCUUGGCCUAGGUGUCAUGUCCGCUCUCACGCAAUUCUGCAUCUACUCGGCCAUCAGCGUCCUCGGUGCUGAUGGAUUCGCGUGGGCGCAG